AUGGCUGACGAUCAGGACAGAUCCACGUCCUUUAGCUACUUUACUACUUCUCCAUCGUCGCCGGCAGAGAUAACCAACCUCAUCGAACUUGCAGUCCAAGCAGACACCUUGUCCGACAGCCUCGACAAGCAACGCGAGCACUGUGGUCAUGAGAGCACCUCGACCGAGAUCUCCCACGCGGCUGAGGAACUCAAACUUCUUGCUGCUGAACUCCGAAGUCUCGAUGCUGCAGUCAAGGUCAACAAAGAUCUCUACACCGAAGCGUUUGGUCAAGAUCUGGCCGAAAUUCACAAUCACCUGGGGGGAAUCUUCGAAGACAUAGCGGACUGUUGCAAGGAGAUGCAAAAGGCUAACGGCCUGAACACCAGUGCUGUCGGUUGGCUGGCCAAGAAGAGAUACGUCAAAAAGCUGCAGAAACACCUCGAGGCGAACAAGACUACCCUGAUCGUCAUGCGGACCGUACUGCAUCAUGGGAAGGAAUAUGGAAUGCACAACUCACCCGGUCGCCUCGCCGAGUCUUCUCCUCACACCAUGCAAGAAGAUCUUGCAAUCCUCGAGACCGUCUUUGCAAGCAGACACGCCAUCAAGGACCUCCACAACCUCGCAAGCAAAUCUCACCAGCACUCCUCCUCGACAUCUUCUGGUGGAUCUGUCGAUAAAACUCCUUCUUUCAAACCUGGUGCUCACGGUCGAAACUUGUCCUCUGCUACUGGUGUGGAUGUUUCCGUGGUCGAGGAUGUUCUGCCCACUUCUGAUAAGAAGAAAAAGCAAGAUGCUCUGGCACGGAGAUUCUCCCGCAGAGGAGUUCGCUUGGCUGUUCACAGCUCCAUCAUGGAUACCAAUGCUCAUGAAGUCCCGAUCUCGCUCCGGAAAAAAUGGAUAUAUCAAGCUCAGCUGCGACGCACACCGGAGCAUUUCAACACAGGCAGCCCUUCCAUUGCCCAACUAAGCAAGAUCUCCGAAGCCAAUUCCAGCUCAGGACUAGAUGAAGCGUCACCAGCUCCCAGCCUCCAUCGGCCCUUGACAACACCUGAGAACUUUAAAUCCAAGGAAUCUCCCGGACGAUCAGACAGUCAAGGAUCGCCCUUGUCAGACAGACGCUCAAAUGCCCGGGAGAGAAGCUCGUCUUUGGUCAGUUCACCAAUAGGCAGAAAGCUGGGGAAUCUCAUUACCCGACUGUCCCGUAGCAACCUCCGAGAGCGCAGGGUGAAUGAUAAAGGCAGUCCGCCAUCGAUCGAGCAGCACAUUUACCCUCUUAGAGAGACGAAUACUCAAGGCGAUCUGGAGAAGAAAGAGCAAUGUGCACCUAGCAAGGAGAUGUCCGCCAAAGAAAAGCCAGGCUGGUCUUAUCGUUUGACUAGGCCGUUUGUCAAAGAAGAACUUACCACUCCUGAUUUUGAGAAGGGGUUUUGA